UAAACUGGAUUUUUCAUUUUUUGUUUUAGAGUAACGGCCAAAACGGGUCCUAAACUUUAUCUUUUGAAUUUUUUCGUCCUGAACAUUUCAAAUCGGAUCACAAUUGGUUAUGGACUAACUUUUUCCAUCAAUAUUAAUAGUCAACGGGAUUAAUCCCGAUUUUGACGAAUUAAAGUGUUAAUUAUGAUUACUUACACCCUAAUAUUAUCCUUAAUUAUAUUAAUAAGUUAUCAUUUAAAAUAUAAAAUAAAUAAUAUCAAAAAAGAAAAUAAAAUACAUUUCAUUUAAAUUGCAACACUCAGCCAAAUGGAGAAGUGUCUCUCUCUCACUCUCCCAUUCACUUCGGCGGUCUUCUUCUUCCACCGGCCAUCGAUCGACGACGAAUCCAAGGCAGACGACGGCGAAAAGCGUGUCCAGAUUCUGCAGCUUCCCGAUCUCUGCCGGAAUCUCGCCGUUAAGCCCGCAGCUAGCAGCGUCAAACCGCACCAAUUGCGAUAAAUUCCCAAUCGCCUUCGGAAGUCCACCGGAAAAUGGUUGAAAUAGCCAAUGUAAAGCUCCUUCAGCUGCGCCAGGUUUCCGAUCUCCGGCGGGCUCAUUCCGGAAACAGCAAGGUACUUGAGAUGCUGAAACGUGCCGACCUCCGGUGGAAUUUCUCCGGAGAAGAAAUUCCAUCCGAGAUGCAAAUGGCGAAUAUUAGCGAGCAGGUGAGCCUGCUUGGGGAACUCGUCGGUGAUGUUAUUGUUGUAAAGGUCGAAAACCUCGAGAUUCCGGAGGCGGUAGAGCUGCGGUGGGAAAGUGAGAUUGAAGAUGUUGUUGGAGAGGUUUAGGGGGCGGAGGUUGGUAAUGUCGGAAAUCGAGGGGGGAAUGGGGCCGGAGAUGGAAUUGGCGCCGGCGGAGAAGUUCUGGAGGAAACGGAGGUGGCCUAUGUUGGGGGAGAGAGUGCCGGUGAGGCGGAGGUCGGAGAUGACGUGGCGGGCGGAGCGGUCGCAGGUGACCCCCUUCCAUCAGCAAAUGUUGGUGUUGUUAGGGCUCCAGGAUUCCAAGGCGGACUGGGGGUCGUCGGUGAUGGAGGCUUUAAUUGAGAGCAGAGCGGUUUCCUUUGAGAACAAGGGACUACUAAACAUAAGUAGAGAUGGUGCAAUACAAGUAUUAACUGAUGAGGCUGAAGGCCUCAAAUUCAAGUUUACCGAUGCGGUCGAUAUCGGCCCUGACGGCAAGCUCUACUUCACCGAUGCCUCCUACAAAUACGACGUCGACCACGCCUUCUUAGAAUUGAUGGAAGGCAGACCUCACGGUAGAUUCUUGAGCUAUGAUCCAUCAACCAAAAAAACAACAAUUCUGUUGAAAGACCUCUACUUUGCUAAUGGUGUCACCCUCUCCGCUGAUCACACUUUUGUCAUUGUCUGUGAAACUGUAAUGAUGAGGUGCAAGAAGUACUAUAUCCAAGGCCCCCAGGCAGGGUCCGUCGAAAUAUUCAUUGAUAAUCUGCCCGGAUUGCCCGACAACAUCCGAUACGACGGCCACGGACUCUAUUGGAUUGCACUAGCCACAGAUUCGAGUUUUUCGAAGAUGCUACGACAACGUCCGUGGAUUAGAAAGGUGAUAGUGACGCUAGACAAGUACGGAUUGCGGCCUAAGACGGAGAGAAAUGGAGGGACUAUAGCGGUUAAUUUGGAGGGGAAAGCUGUUGCACAUUACUAUGAUGCAGAUGUUUCAUAUGUUACAUGUUGCAACAAACUUAGCCACUAUCUGUAUUGUGGUUCUUUGAUCUCACCCUACAUUACUCGACUCGACUUGACUCUGUUUCCGGCCACCGCCACCGCCACCGCCACCACCACUCCGCCAUCGUGAGAUCUUAAGUGGUAUAUAUAUCAUAUAUGUAUGUUUACUUAAACUAUAAUGAAUAAUAAAGCAUGUAUGUUACCAUGGAUUUUAUUUUUAAGUUCAAA